AUGGUUUCAGACACACGAUUGCUAAUGCAUGUGAAAGGGCUUGUCACUGAUCGGGUUUGUGUGACAGCUCCUACAUCGUGGUUCGAAGACGCUCCAUCAAGGAAAGACAAAAUCGCUUACAUGGAUGACGCGCCUUACAUGAUCAACACCCAAGCAUCGCUCGAUGACCUCAACGAGAAAUUAGAAGAGAAGAUACCGAUAGAGCAAUUUCGCCCUGUUAUUGUGGUGGAUAAGUGUGACGCCUUCGACGAAGACAAGUGGCUUAGUAUUCACAUAGGAGAUGUGGCGUUACAAUGCACGAAACCAUGUGAACGGUGGGCACAUUCGAAAAUCUGUAAUUUAUCUGGAAUUCUCGUGAAACUCACGAAAGCUCAUUGA